CACGUUGCGUCGUGGGGCGGGGCGAAGCAGCGUUGACCACAGGGCCUGUGUUCUGUGUCCUCGGCCGCCGCCCCCGCUGCCGUGCUGUAUCCGCCCCUCGCCUGCCUUUAGAGGGUACAGGCGACAGCCGUUUCUCUGGGUGGUCGCGCAGCCACCAGACGUCUCCGCCGAGCUGCUUUUUCUAGCUGGCUGCUGUUCUCUGCUGGGUCCAGGUCGGGGGGGGGGUGGGGAGUAGGGAAAAAUGGCGCCGGCGCCCCAAGGCGUUCGGAAGGAGCCGCUGCUGGAGUGUGGGUCAGGAUUGCUUUCCCGGCUGCUCUUCCUCGCUCAGGCAGUGGUGCUCCUGUUGCCAGCCGCCCGUGCAGGCCUUUGCCCCGUGCCAUGUUCCUGCCGCAUCCCGCUGCUGGACUGCAGUCGCAGGAAACUACCAGCGCCCAGCUGGAGGGCGCUGUCGACCUCGCUGCCCCCCGAUGCCGUCAGCCUGGAUUUGAGUCAUAAUCGGUUGUCUAACUGGAACAUCAGCUUGGAGUCUCAAACAUUGCAAGAAGUAUUGUUGAGGUUGCUGUAUUCUAGAUUGAAAACCAGGAAAAUGAAUUAUAAUGAACUAACAGAAAUCCCGUAUUUUGGAGAACCAACUUCUAAUAUUACUCUCCUCUCAUUAGUUCAUAAUAUAAUCCCAGAAAUAAAUGCAGAAGUGUUCCAGUUUUACCCUGCUCUCGAGACUUUAGAUCUCAGCUCAAAUCUAAUAUCAGAAAUCAAGACAUCUUCAUUUCCUCGAAUGCAGCUUAAGUAUCUGAAUUUGAGUAAUAAUAGGAUAACCGUCUUGGAGGCUGGUUGCUUUGACAAUUUGUCAAGCUCCUUAUUAGUGGUGAAGUUAAACAGGAACAGAAUUAGCAUGAUUCCACCCAAGAUCUUCAAGCUACCUCACCUCCAGUUCUUGGAACUUAAAAGAAACAGGAUUAAAGUUGUGGAGGGUCUCACAUUCCAAGGGCUUGACUCCUUAAGAUCUUUGAAAAUGCAACGGAAUGGAAUUAGCAAACUUAAGGAUGGAGCUUUUUUUGGCUUGGAUAACAUGGAAGAAUUAGAACUGGAGCAUAAUAACCUUACAGAAGUGAACAAGGGGUGGUUGUACGGCUUGCGAAUGUUACAGCAGCUCUAUGUGAGCCAGAAUGCUGUUGAAAGAAUCAGCCCUGAUGCGUGGGAGUUCUGCCAAAGACUGUCUGAACUUGAUUUGUCCUAUAACCAGUUGACCCGUCUGGAUGAAUCUGCCUUUGUGGGUCUGAACUUACUGGAGAGAUUGAAUUUAGGGGACAACAGAGUCACUCACAUUGCUGAUGGUGUAUUUAGGUUUCUUUCCAAUCUACAAACACUAAACUUAAGAAACAAUGAAAUUUCAUGGGCCAUAGAAGAUGCUAGUGAAGCCUUUGCUGGACUCACAAGUCUCACUAAAUUAAUCUUACAAGGAAAUCAGAUUAAGUCAGUUACAAAGAAAGCAUUCAUUGGUCUUGAGUCCCUUGAGCAUCUAGAUUUGAACAACAAUGCUAUAAUGUCUAUCCAAGAAAAUGCUUUUUCCCAGACUCGCUUGAAAGAAUUGAUUCUGAACACAAAUAGUUUGCUUUGUGACUGCCAUUUGAAGUGGUUGCUUCAGUGGCUGGUUGAUAAUAACUUUCAACAUUCUGUGAAUGUAAGCUGUGCACACCCUGAAUGGCUUGCAGGGCAAAGCAUCCUGAAUGUGGAUCUGAAAGAUUUUGUCUGUGAUGAUUUGCUCAAGCCACAGAUAAGAACUCAUCCUGAGACCACAGUUGCUCUGAGAGGCGUGAAUGUGACUCUGAGAUGCACUGCGGUGAGCAGCAGCGAUUCGCCCGUGUCUGCUCUGUGGCGCAAGGACAGUGACGUCUUGUAUGAUGCUGAUAUUGAGAAUUUUGUUCGUUAUCAGCAACAGGCUGGAGAAGCUCUGGAAUAUACUAGUGUCCUACAUCUUUUCAAUGUGAAUUUCACAGAUGAAGGAAAAUAUCAGUGUAUUAUUACUAAUCACUUUGGUUCUAACUAUUCUCAUAAAGCCAAACUGACUGUGAAUGAGAUGCCAUCUUUUCUGAAAACUCCAAUGGAUCUAACUAUUCGCACUGGUGCCAUGGCCAGAUUAGAAUGUGCUGCGGAGGGGCACCCUGCACCUCAGAUUUCCUGGCAGAAAGAUGGUGGUACUGACUUUCCUGCGGCUCGAGAGAGACGCAUGCAUGUCAUGCCUGAGGAUGAUGUCUUUUUCAUUGCAAAUGUGAAAAUAGAAGACAUGGGGAUCUAUAGCUGCAUGGCACAGAAUAUAGCAGGUGGUCUCUCAGCAAAUGCCUCACUCAUCGUGUUAGAGACACCCUCAUUUAUUAGACCCCUGGAGGACAAGACAGUAACUCGAGGUGAAACUGCGGUAUUACAAUGCAUAGCUGGAGGGAGUCCCGCCCCUCGCCUCAACUGGACCAAAGAUGAUGGACCUUUGCUGGUGACAGAACGGCACUUCUUUGCUGCAGCCAACCAGCUUCUCAUCAUCGUAGAUGCUGGGCUAGAUGAUGCUGGGAAGUAUACCUGCAUUAUGUCAAACACCCUUGGGACAGAACGUGGUCACAUUUACCUAAAUGUGAUUUCAUCCCCCAAUUGUGACUCUGCCCAGAGUAGCAUGGGACAUGAAGAUGAUGGGUGGACCACAGUCGGCAUUGUGAUCAUUGUUGUGGUCUGCUGUGUAGUGGGAACCUCUUUGAUCUGGGUCAUUGUUAUUUACCACAUGAGAAGGAAAAACGAAGACUAUAGUAUCACGAACACAGAGGAACUCAAUCUGCCUGCAGACAUUCCCAGCUACUUGUCUUCCCAAGGAACGCUGUCUGAGCCACAGGAAGGCUACAGCAAUUCUGAGGCAGGCAGUCAUCAGCAACUUAUGCCUCCUGCCAAUGGAUAUUUACACAAAGGCACUGAUGGUGGCGCUGGCACCAGAGUUAUCUGCUCAGAUUGUUAUGACAAUGCUAACAUCUACUCCCGGACCCGAGAAUACUGUCCGUACACCUAUAUUACUGAAGAGGAUGUUCUGGAUCAGACACUGUCCAGCCUCAUGGUCCAGAUGCCCAAAGAGACUUACUUGGCACAUCCUCCCCAAGAUGCCACUACCCUGGAGAGCCUGGUGUCGUCAGCAGAGAGAGAGAGAUGUGCCUUUCCCACCAACCAUGAGAGGAUGAAUGAGAAGAAGCCUUCCUCCGCGCGGAUGAGCAGUGGUAAAGGGCACGGCGUUGUUUAUUGUUUUGAAACCUUGCAGCGGCCUCUGUGGAACGUAAGCAGAGAAGCAGGUAUGCCUCAUCCUCCUUUUCCCCAGCCGUCAGUCCUUGGGUCAUCACAACUCCAUCAAAACGAGGGCCUGCCAGAGAGUGAUCCAGACUGUUCCACUUGCCCCAUGCCCUGUCACAGGUUACACGACCACACUUUUGAUUUUAGUAGGACUCGGAACAUUCACAGUGGCAGUGAGGGCACAUGAAACUCACUCUAGGAUGCAGUUUCAGCAGACUCAGAUUAAUUGAUUUUGUAUUUACUACCUCAGAGUUCAGAAGAAACCCCAAAGUCAGCAUUUGCUUUACUUACGUCUACAGUUCUAUCUGACCACACCAAGGUAGGCCAGGCAUUCGUUUGGCUUAUACUUGAUGAAGAAAGGGUAACGGCUGACAGAAAUGGGUACAUCUAAUAGAAAAUGUGCAACCCGGGCAGAGGAAGAUACAGGACAAAGUGCUUUGUGAUGGUUCUAGCGGGAUGUGCCCAGGUGUGCAUAGCCUCUUAGGAAGAGUCUCCUUGCUGCUUAACACCUUGGAUUGUCUCAACCUGCAGAAAGACCCUGAAUAAACAACGCCAUUUUGUUUUGCCUUCCAAGGAAGAGAAAUAACUUUGGAGGCCCCUGAGAAGUGUGCCUGGGAUUCUGCAGUGAUUUUAAACGUACAGUUGAGAGUGGGGCUUUGAUAUUCAAGGUCGUUGACAGGAAUCCCAGACUUGACCAACUAUUACCAGGUCAAGAGUUUUGUAUUCUUGUGAAUCUCUCUCUCUUUUUUGGUCCCUGUCAUCCAGGGGUCUCAUUGUAAAUAUAUGUGCAUUUAUAAAUAAGUUUUGUAUUCAUUGAUCAUAUGUGUUGCAAUGUAAAUAUUUUUGAUAUGCUAAAAUUAUAUAUAUAAUAUCCAGGUAUAAUAUUGACAACAGCUUCUCAGACCACAGAUUUUGUACAGCUUGGUUUAGUGAAUCCAAAGAUUUUGUUUCAAGUUUUGAAUACAUACUUGUUAAGAAGUAUAAUAAGUACAGAAGCACGGUACCUAGUGAUUGCGUACACACAAACACGAUCUUGGUGUAAUUAACCACUUUCUUGAUACCUAAAGAUUCAUGCAUCUAAUCAUUUGUCAUCUGUUUACAAGUGCCAGGUAAUAUACUCUUUCUAGCAUAAAAAGACUUUCAAAAGACUAGUAGUCUUGUUAUUGCCAUAUACACACAGAUAAAGGAAAACUUGUUUUGGGAAUAUCUACUUUGAGCAAAGUACUUCGUUGAUGAGGAAACCAAAGAAUGCUUUUUUUCUCUGUGUGUGUGUUUGUUUUAAUAUCUCUUUAAACAGUUUAUAUAUCUCUUCUACUAAUGCACAGUAUAUCUUAAGGGAAUAUUGCUUUGGGGAAGAACAUGCAGGAACUCAUAAAACUUCAGCAUGGUCCUUGUUUUGUACAAGUGAUUAUUUAAGCCAAAACGUUUUCUUGAAUUUCUGAUAGCAAAAAGCUUUAUGUUAACAAAAGACUUAGUGCUGUAAUAAAGUGUAAUGGACUAAAACUCUUCUUUCUUUCUGCUUUCAGAAAGAAAGACUGUCGGAUUCUGUCCUCUGAAUUUAGUGAGGAGUAAUUAUAUACUAGAUGAAUUCAGUCACUUCAAUGAAAAUAUCAGUUUUUAAGUUAUUGUACAUUUCAAGAGUUUUAAACUUUAUGUAAUUUCUCAGCUCUUUGCCAGGAAGUUUGGCUGAAUUUCAUACUAGUUUUCAAUCCUAGGUUUUUGUCCCAUAGGCAGCAGCACUUUUUUAGCUGUUUUAUACCACCAUGUCUUUUUUUUUUUUUUCUUUUUAAAUAGCCUCAUUCAUUUUCAUUUUGAACUUCUUAAGUACCACUAUUUUCCUCUCCUUUCAAUUUUGGAUCCCUCUUCUUACUUACUAGGUUGAAUUAAUAGUGUAGCUUGUACUGGGCUGACUUAGAAUCAAGAAACCUGAUUUAGUUUUAGCUCUGCUGCUUACAAGUUGUAUAAUCAAAGGCAAGUCUCUUUACUUCUCAGCCUGACUUUUUCAUUUAUGAAACGACGUUUUACUAGAUGCUCUAAAGCCCUUUCCAGCUGUAACGUUCUAUGAAUCUGUGGUCCCUCCAGGAAUCAAGGAGGAUUAUCUACUCUAAUAAAAAGCUGCUUUCAUGAAAUAUUUGUUAGAGUAGAACAGGAGUGAUGCUGCUUACUCUGACUUGAGCCAGAUUUAUUUCCUCUAUAGCAAGAGUAAUGCUAUAAGAACCUUUCAUGAGGAGAAAAAACCUUCAGCUUCUAAAACAGUAUCAGUAAACGUGAAGAAUCUUGAUUAGAUUGAGAGCUGCCCUUGGUGUGUUACAGCACACCAGAGUAUCCGAAUCUGUUGAGAGGUAUGCCCCUGCUAAUUUGUGACCAGUUUAUGACUCACCUUUCUAAUGUAUUCAAGGUCAUUCUUCUAAUUAUAGUACUCUGACUCACAUUCUGAGGGACUUUCUUCAGUGAAAAAGGUGGAGUUAGAGCAAGGCUGCAAAGAGCAUCAGCUGUUACAUGUGAGAGGACAAAACCAGCGCUCUAGAAAACUUAAACCUGCCAUCGCUGCCUCUCCUUCAGCAGGGUCCCUCUGCUGCCACUGGUGUCAGGCUGCUCCUCUAUAGCCAGGUUCUCUGUCGUGGCAGCUGGUUGAGAUGUCCUCCCAGAUAUUGCUAGCUUUCCUAAAUAAAAACACUUGCCUGAAAAACUAGUCAGGAAUUUGAUUAAAUGGGGAUAGUCUACCCCUGGUCUUAAAAAUAGUAAAUGUAAUAAAUUCUAAUCUUAGGAGGUGGAAUUCCUGAAAUUUUUCAUUAUUGCAUGUUUUUGACCAAGCAGAUGCUCUGCUAUAAACAGGAUUAGUGGCUCAUCAUUGUUUCUUCCCGGCAGUGUAAUGUCUGCCUGCCACCAAUUUAAUCAGAAAUGUUGUAAGAGCAAGGCAAACAAAUGCCGAGAGAAAUACUCUGUCUCCCACCCAAUUACCACUUCAUAUCAGUACGGAUGCAUAAAUUCUCUUCAUUUGUUUGUGCCCCUCUGAGACUGAUUCUGUAAGUCUACCUUGAAGAAGAAGUAAUGUUUUCCUUGUACUUCAAGCUUCCCUGCCACAGAAUCGACAAGUGGACCCCAUGGGCUUUCUGUCGUUCAGCCUCUGAUGUGCUUUCCCUAGAUGCAAGGGAAUCUGUAGAACAGGAGGUACCAGAAACCCAGCCCAAUGUGCUGUCCCCCUAAUGUGCCAUCUUACAGUGCUCUAAAUGUGUAUUUUUCUGUAAAGUAAAUGUUGUGUUUAAAAACAGUUGCCUUCAUGUUGCCCAUUGGGAGGUUGUAAAAGAAACAUUAAGAUGUUAAGCAACUUAAGAAUCUUACCCAUUUUCCUAAGAAGAGGGAGAGAAAGAGUCUUUAGUUAUGUAGAGGGUUGUCAUAGGAAACAAGGAUUAGAUGCACUCUUCUUCUUCCAUUGGACGGGUCAUAUCAGUGGGACAGAAGUUACAGGGAAAUAGAGUAUAUACACCUGCCAAUAAUCCUAUAUACCCUAACACUCUAAAAGUUAGAUUUGUCUGACAAUAGGAAUCAUCAGCCUUUCAUGGGAGAAGUAUGCACAGAAGCUAAGUAAUCAUCUAUUAAGAGCAUUGGAGAAAUUUCUGUAUUGAAAUGGAAUAUGGACAAGAUGACCUAAACCCUCUUUCAGUUUUAUCAUUGGAAUUCUCCAGAAGCAGUCAGACAAUCUAAAAUCUUCAUCCUAUAGAAUCCUUUGUAUACAGUAAGUUUACUGUAUAAUUAAAAAAUUUAUUUUUAACUAAAAGAUUAUGUUCUUUGGUUGACAAAAGGAGCCUGUUCUGUGUUAAUAGUGGCAGACAUGAAACUGGGCUUAUUCUUUUGAGAAAAUCUAUAACGUUCCUAACCCAAAUGGCAUUACCAUAAUAAAAAAUGUUACAGCGUAUACCCCUUUUACUCUUUAAUUUUUAUUCCUGUUUCUUUUUUUUUUAUUCCCCACCCACCACCAUUUCUUUUUUUGUCAAUGGGACUCCAUGGGAAUGGGAAUGGGAUUGUGCUGUUCAGUUUUGUAGCCAGUGUUUUACCCAAUGUGUUGUGGCCUCUUCUAAUCAUGUUAAUAGCCCCAGAAAUGCCAAAAGAGUGGCGAAGUAACAGAGGUAAAUUGGCUGUCCUUUUAUGCUAUAUCUUCCAUUUCUUACUUUGCUUCUGAUGCAAAUUAUAGAAGUAAUUGUGAAGCAAUUGGACCUCAGAAAGUUGAGUAAAGAUUGCUAGGCAACCUGUUAGUAAUGUUUCAUAUUUCCAUUACGUGGUCUCUUUCCUAGUUCAGUGUGGCAGAUGUUUUUCCCUCUUGCUUCUAACCUAAAAAUUUUGUUUGGAGUACAGUCUAAGUCAACAUCAGUUAAGCUUAAUUUUCUUCCUUCUUCCUCUCUCUUUCCUUUCUCCUUCCCUUCCUUCCUUCCUUUCCUCAGUUCCUUUUACAGCUGCUUGGUUUGUUGACAAAAACAACAUGUUCUGAAUUGAGAUAUGUUACAAACUUCUCUUAACAACACCUGAAAGCCCAUGAAUCACCUGGAGAUUUUGUGGGUAGUGAGGGACGUGUGUGUGUGUGUUUGUGUGCACAUGUGCAUGUGUGAGGAGUGAUACUUGGACCUGCUCCCUCAAGGUUGUAUGUUGAGUGUUUCUUAGCAGUUCUAAUAAUCUCUACCAACAGGUGGGGUGAAGGUAAAGAAACAGCUUGAUUUGAACCUGUUUGCAAAUGUAAGGAGUAAAGUGAUCUUUGUCAGCUCUAAUUGAUCAGCAGGUGGUCAAGUGCUCUUUGGAUAUCUCUUGGCUACUUAAAGUGGCCUCUUGAUCCACUGAGACACUACUUCUCCCCUCUUCUUUCCCCUUCUCCCUUUUUACCCGUCAGAGGAUGUCAGUCCGAGCAGCCAUGGUACUCGAUGUAUGUAAAGAGAAUUAUAAGCCAAGUUGUCGUUCAGUGUGGCCCUUCCCUAGUAUCUAUUUAUAUUUUCUCACACAUGAGAAUGUAUAUUUUAUAAAGCAUGUGUUUGUCUACUUGUUUGUCUACUGUAAUGUCUUCAAUAAAGCUAAAAUACAUGAUGA